AUGUGCACAGUGUAUUUUGUGGAGAUUCAGGCUUCUAGUCAUUGGAUGGUUACCGAAAGUGGUUUAAUACAACCAAGGCUCGAUUCGCCGUUCGACAUGGCUCGCCCUUACGAUCUUUUAGCUUUUUUAAAUCAAGAAAAGAGAUGGGAUGGAAUUUUUGAUCUUUUUAAUGAUCUUACUAAGAGACAAACAAGCAUUGAUAAGCUUUGGGCAGAUGUUACGCGAUACACAAAUGUUGGACGUCAAAUCGCCCAGGAUGAAGACUGUGCGAAAGCCGGUAACUUAAACGUAAUCGAUUGGUAUGCAGGUCUGCUUGAAGAUGGAUCUAAGAAAAUUCAUCCAGAUGAAUUUCAACUUCCAAAUCCAUAUUAUGGUCCAAAUAUUGAUAUUCCUGAUUGUAAGAGGAUAUCUUCUUUGACAUUUAGUAUGUUUGCUUUUGAACAUUUAGAGAGUAUGAUCCAAAGAGAAAAUCUAUCAGCCAACCCUGAAUUUGUUUUACCAGAGCUGAUAUCCCCAAUUAUGACUAUAGAUCAGUAUGGGCACUGGCUUGCCGGCAUGCUACGAAGAAACAGUUCAUCUUGGUUACAUUAUAAUAUGGCUUCUUUGUAUUGGAGGGUUAGAGGCAGUGCGCCAAAGGCUAUAGAAUGUUCGCGGCGAGCCUUGCAUUAUGCACCGAGAGAGUACAAAGAUGUUGCUCUGGGUAGUCUUGGAGUGGUGUUGCACCGCAGUAGCAAAACAAAUGAUGCUAUAAUUGUACUUAAUGCUGCUGUAGAACAUGAUAGAACCAAUUAUGUUAGUCAUUUUUCGAUUGCAAAUGCAUAUACUGUGAUUGGAGAUUUUAAUAUGUCCCUAAAAUAUUAUGAUCAAACUCUAAAAUUGAAUCCAAGGAUGGAGCUAGCCCAAAAGUAUAAAUAUGGUGUUUUGUGUCAUGCCAACCUAGUUCUUAGGAUUAAGCUAAUAAGAGAGACACUAAAGAAGCUUCGCGAGGAAUUAAAUGAGUAUAAUCUUAAAGAAGUUGCCUGGCCUCGGAUACAAGCAGAGUUCUUAAGGACUAUUAAAAGUUCAGAAGAAUUUGAAUAUAAAAAUGUGGACAAGAAUAAUGAGAAGAUGGCCUCUAUAACUGGUUUAGAUAUAAAAGAAUUACGAGUGCAAGUGGAAAAGAAUUCCCUAAUAAAAUAUUUCAUUGAUGGCUUUCCAAUGCACAAUGACGAAAAGCUUUCAAAACCGGGCAUUGAUGUAAUAGAUGUUAUAUAUGGAUUAGAACGACUCAUACGACAUGUGAAUAAAAAAGGCAAUAUUCCAGAUGUAACGUACCAAGAAGAGAAACCUGACAAUGAUCCUAAGUUCUUUGAUUUAAGAGAUCGAAAUAAACCAAUUGGCUCGAUCCCAGUUAUUACAAUAAAAGAAAAACUACGCGAUGGUAAAAAUGCAGCAAGAGCCAAUGAUAAGAAACAUCAGCAACCAGCGAGUGUUGCAGACGAUGAGUUGACUGAAUAUGAGACUGGUAUAUUUAUGUAUCCACCAACAAUGACGGUGAAUAGAAAUGUUGAAGAUUUUGAUAAGGAAGUGGAAUGGCCGUCUAACAAACUUUGCAAAGAAACUGCACCAAACUUCCCUGAAAAUGUAGAGGCUAUAUUUCCUAUUUUUAUGCCUUUUGAGAAUAAGGGUGUUAGAAUGAAGUACCUGCUGACUGAGAAGCUAGGCGUGCCAUUGUCUGAAGAGUUCGAGCUGCCGUGGCACCCGCCCACGUGCCCGCACGACCGCGAGGCUGCCUUCACGCAGAAGAAGUCCAAGCAACAGUUAUCUACAGAUGUAGUAGACACAGGCUAUUUGCGUUUAAAGUUAUUGGAGUACGUGAGUGACGGCAACGUAGAGGCGGCGCGACACAUGCAAGAUGCUGAAAUUGGUCAAAGGAUAUACGCUGCUAUGAAAAAGAAACUAGCACCAAAAUGGAUGCUCCUAACACUAUCGUCCCUAUACUGGAGGGUCCGCAAUAACAAUGUCAACGCUCUUCACUGCCUCCUUACGGCCGGUCGGUGGGUGCCGCAAAAAUAUAGGGAUGUUGUUUUAGUAUCAUUGGCUUCGGUUUAUUUGGAAAUGGGUCAUUUUGAUGAGGCUUUGGCAGUUGCUGAAGAGUCGUUUAGGAUCAGUUUAUAUGAGCCUGCGACAAAUUUCCUCCUCGCAGAACUGAACAUGUUAAAGAAGCACAGAAAUACUCACAUGUUCCAUCUAAAGCAAGUAGUGCGAGUGGAGGCGGGCUUUAUGAACGGACUCGCGCGCAACUUGUUGAACGGCUGGGCCUGUAUAUUGAAACAAGUUAAUGCUUUACGUGAAAUGGAUUUUGGAGAAGGCGACAUUUGCACGCACGUACAGCCUUUAGUAAACAUGGUAUGUGAGAAGGAUGGAGAAAAUUGUCAAAUGGCGAACAUACAAUGCUUUAGCAGUCAUGAACGAGCAGACACAAGUGCUCUAGUCCGUCUUCUAGAAGAGAAGGACGGAGCUCAUGUGGACAGCACAGAGUCGACUUUCUUUGACCGGUUCAUAGAAAACACGCCCACAGACAAAGCGGAUAGACUCGAGCACCACGCCAACUUUGAUAAUAUGGUGCGGACCAUAGAGACUGUGUUGAAGGGAUGUGGAUCCGGAGGCUGUCACAGUCUCAAGCCCGAGGACCUGGCUAUGAAGGAGGAAGACUGCAACUACCACCACCUGCAGCUGGGCUAUUGGCUGCAUAUUGUUAGUUUUCGACAACUGCUCACUGACUCUAAUGUUGAACUCCCAUCAGAAAUAACAUCUAUGACGCCAUCAAGCAAGAAGGUUCCAGAAUGUCGUAUAACAGAAGACCCGUUAGAAGACUUCUACGCAGAGAAGUUGUCUCGCGUUAGCACUGAAGGCUGGAAGCCGGUGUUGAGCCUCACGCACCAGUUCGCUGAAAUUUUCGACUACUUUGAUUAUGCCACUUUGGGUGCUAAGAUUGCUAAAUAUGUGGAUACUCGCGCGUCGUCGUGGGCGGGCGCGCUGGCGGCGGGCUGGUGGUGCGGCGCGGGCGGGCGCGGCGCCUGCGCCACGCGCUGCCUGGCCGCCGCGCGCGCGCUCGCGCCGCCGCGCCACCAGCACUACGCCAUGCGCGCGCUCGCCGCGCUGCUGCACAUGCAAUCAAAACAAAAGGACGCAAAAGACGUGGCAUAUCUUUCGUUUUACAUGUCGCCAAAGAGCAAAGUCGAAGCGUUCUUAGUUGCCGUCUCUCAUACAUAUCUCGGGGAAUACGACCAAGCAAUAUGGAUGUACCGGUAUGCGCUUUCCUUCGAUGACAAGUUCCUACCAGCCAAGGCCUGUCUGCACGCUACCAUGUGUCUCAUGUUCUAUGGCGACGAUAAAACAAAGACUAAAGAAGAA